AUGGCGGGCGAAGAGCAGCUCCACCGGGCGCAUCGGCCAUCGAAGGAGAAGAAGAAGCAUGACAAAGGCCAACCAAAUCCCAAGGCAUUCGCCGUCGCCGCUCCAGGCCGCCUCGCAAAACAAGCAGCUCGCAGCCACGACGUGCGCGAAAAGCGACUCCAUGUCCCUCUCGUUGACCGUCUGCCGGAAGAGGCGCCGCCGCUAAUCGUCGGUGUUGUCGGCCCACCCGGAGUCGGGAAGACGACACUCAUCAAGAGCCUCGUGAAGCGGUACACUAAACAGACCGUCUCCGACCCUCGAGGCCCUAUCACGGUUGUAACAGGCAAGCGGCGACGUCUGACAUUCAUCGAGUGUCCAAGUGACAGCCUGGCGAGCAGCAUCGAUGUGGCAAAGGUGGUCGACAUCGUGCUGUUGAUGAUAGAUGGCAACUAUGGCUUUGAGAUGGAGACGAUGGAGUUCCUGUCCGUGUUGUCCAGUACGGGUAUGCCGGGUAACGUCUUCGGCAUCUUGACGCACUUGGACCUGUUCAGGAAGCAGGACACGCUAAAGGCGCAGAAAAAACGGCUCAAGCAUCGCUUCUGGAGCGAGCUUUAUCAGGGAGCCAAGCUGUUUUACCUCAGUGGCGUCAUCAACGGACGAUAUCCGGACCGAGAGGUCCUGAAUCUGUCGCGCUUCUUGAGCGUCAUGAAGAACCCACGACCACUGGUAUGGCGCAACAGCCAUCCAUAUGCGCUAGCGGACCGCAUGCUCGACGUCACGCCUCCGACGCAGAUUGAGGAGAACGAGAAGUGCGAUCGUACUGUGGCGCUAUAUGGUUACCUGCGUGGUACCAACUUCCCAUCGCAAGACGCUCGAAUACAUCUGCCCGGUGUGGGCGACUUGACCGUGGCGCAGAUUGAGGCACAGCCCGAUCCUUGUCCGACGCCCUUCUUCCAGCAGGCACAGGAGAAAGCAGAGGGUACGAAAAAGCGGAGACGGCUCGAUGAAAAGCAGAAGAUCAUCUAUGCGCCCAUGUCAGACGUUGGAGGUGUGCUAGUGGAUAGAGAUGCGGUGUAUAUUGAUGUGAAGAGCAAUACGUUCGAUGCUGAAGAGGACGAUGUUGAGCGUGGACUUGGCGAGCAGAUGGUCGUGGGGCUGCAGGGCGAGAGGCGCUUGCUCGGUGCGGAUGAGCAUGGCAUCGCACUUUUCGAGAAGAGUGCGAGACUUAGGGAGGUCAAAGACGAGGAGGAUGCGCAGGAUACGGGCCGGUCAAGCGCAAGAAAACCGAAAGUUGUGGACCGAGACGUAGACGCGGAUGAAGAUGGCGAUCCAGAAGAUGAGGGUUUUGCAAGUGGUGACUCUGACGACGACAAUGACAUCGAAGCGUUACAACAACCACCCGCAAAGCUGGGCAAGAUCAGGAAGGACCGGCAGGAUGCGGACGAAGAAGAUGAGGACGACGGGACGUCGCGUUGGAAGGACCGGAUGGCUGAACGCGCGCGAGCAUUGCAUGAUCGCAAGCAGCCUUAUCGAGUUGCCGAUUUGGCGCGCAUGAUGUACGAUGAUAUGCUCUCGACUGCAGAUGUCUUACGCGCGUGGCGAGGCGAGGGUGAGGCGCAUGACACCGCCACCGGCGAGGACAAUGAUGACAAUGAUGAUCUGUUUCAGCGCAAGGAGAGUACUGACAAUGAUGAGGAGGAUCGCUUAGUACCCAGACUGGAUUACAGUGCUUUAGAGACGAAAUGGGCGGAGGCGGACAAUAUCGAAGCGAUGAGACAUCGAUUUGCAAACACGCGGCUGACUGGUGCGAACGCCGAGGACGUUGGUGAUGACGAUGACGAGGAAGCCGGUGAUGAUGAUGAAGGCGAUGGUGACUUCGAGGAUCUUGAAACCGGCGAGUCACACGCAAUCUCGAACGAAGCCGAGACUGCGGAUGACCCCGUAGACGACAUCGAAGCAGAGCGCGCACGCAACGCAAAACGGAAGGAAGAGCUCAAACUCCGCUUCGAGGAGGAAGACCGGGAAGGCUUCCUCAACCCGAAGAAUGUCAACCGCCAGGCUAAUGGUGAGGAUACCGAGAGGGAGUUUGGCGAAGACGAGUGGUAUGAUGCACAAAAGGCGCUCUUGCAGAAGCAGCAAGAGAUCAACCGUCGAGAGUUCGAACAGCUAGACGAAGCGUCGCGAGUCCGAGCUGAAGGCUACAAAGCCGGCACCUACGUCCGCAUAACACUGGCUAGUAUGCCACAUGAGUUUGUCGAGAACUUCAACCCGAGGUUUCCGCUACUCAUAGGCGGCUUGUCGCCGACCGAGGAACGCAUGGGCUUUGUGCAGGUGCGCAUCAAGCGCCACAGAUGGCACAAGAAGAUCUUGAAGACGAACGAUCCACUCAUCCUCAGCCUGGGUUGGCGGAGGUUUCAGACUCUGCCGGUCUACAGUAUCUCCGACUCACGGAUACGGAAUCGGAUGUUGAAGUACACGCCAGAGCAUAUGCACUGCUUCGCUACCUUUUACGGCCCACUUGCUGCACCCAACACGGGCUUUUGCUGUGUGCAGUCAUACUCGAACAAGAACCCAGGUUUCCGCAUAUCGGCAACGGGAGUCGUGCUGAAUGUAGACGAGGGCACGGAGAUUGUCAAGAAGCUCAAGCUGACCGGCCAUCCGUACAAGAUCUUCAAGAACACCGCGUUCGUCAAAGACAUGUUCAGCACCGCCUUGGAGAUUGCCAAGUUCGAAGGCGCGAGCAUCAAGACCGUAUCCGGUGUCCGUGGUCAGAUCAAGCGAGCGUUGUCCAAACCUGAAGGCUGCUAUCGUGCGACCUUCGAAGACAAGGUGCUUAUGUCGGACAUCAUUUUCUUGCGAGCGUGGUAUCCCGUCCGACCCCAUCGUUUCUACAACCCAGUCACGAAUCUGCUCGACCCGGGAAACGCAGACGGCUGGUCCGGCAUGCGUCUCACGGGCCAAGUGCGGGCCGAACAAGGCAUCCCUACGCCCAAAGAUAAAGACAGCGCCUACCGCCCGAUCGAGCGACAAGAACGGCACUUCAACCCUCUCCGCGUGCCGCGGAAAUUGCAGGCCGAUCUACCGUACAAAUCGCAAAUCGUGCAGAUGAAGCCGCAGAAGAAGCAGACAUAUGUGCAAAAGCGGGCCGUGGUGGUGGGAGCCGAGGAGAAGGUUGCAAGGAGAUUGAUGCAGCAGGUCAUGACGUUGAGGAAAGAGAAGGUGGAGAAGAGGCGGGUGAAGCAGGAGGAGAGGAGGGAGCCGCAUCGCAAGAAGUUGGCUGAGGAGGCGGAGAGGCGGAAGGAGAGGGAGAAGAGGGAGCGGGAUGAGUUCUGGGCGAAGGAGGGGAGGAAGAGGAAGGGGUGGAGUGAGGGUGAGGGUGCGGAGGGGCGUGGUGGGAAGAGGAGGAGGGUGUAG